GUUGACAGCGUAGCUUAAAGGCAGCACUGCACCUGCCAAUCAUCUCGGCGGCAGCCUGGAGGCAUCCAGCAAAGCUCCCUCAUGCUGGUUUUAACGCACAGCCACUUCGACACGUGCUUCGCUGUACUUUUUUUCGCUCACACACAUCACUCUUCGAUCUUUCUUCCUUGUUCAUCGUCGAUUCCGCCGAGAGCGAUGGAUUCGUGGUCCGCAUAUUGCGCCAUUUGCGGCGGUCCGUUCUUUGGCAUCCAGUUUAGGAGAGUGCACCACCGCCUGGGGGAAGGAACUUGGCUCGAAUUUUCAUCCGACUUUGAUGAGCAAGAUGAGCUGAGUGAAUCGAGCGACAGCAGUGAUGAAAACGGCGACUCAAUGAACAAUAACCUUGACAGCGAUCUGUCUGAUGACGGGGAAAGCGACUCUGUGAGCGACCACGAUCCGAUUGCUCUUUCAGACACCGAUACCGGUAGCGAUGGGCUUGAACAAGGAUCACAGGACUGGGACCAGAUCACUGUACCGUCAGAGGGCGAUGAUGAGAGCGAACUUGAGUCCGCUUACAGUGGCGAGGACUUGAUCUGGGAUGACGAGGACGUUGAGAUGGGAUCCGAAACCAACCAACAGGGGAUUAAUAACUUUGAAGACGGCAGUGACAGCGACCAGUUCAACUCAAUGCAAGAUCCAGAACGGUACUAUGACUGGGAUGUCAUUCAAAGCAAGGAUACCACGUGGAUCAAGAUUGCGUUCGGUCUCUGUUAUAACCCUGCUGCGACAGGCCCAUCGAAGUCCUUUCUUGCCCGUGGUAUCGUCAAUAAAUCUGGCACCAUGCGGGUGCUGGCGCACCAUCGUGGAAUGCGCGACCCAAACCACCCAGCACGCAAGUUCUCGCCCAAUCCUAUAGAUUGCUACGACAGAAAUCCCGAAACCUUCUGCUUUCCGAUGCACUCUUCCUGUCUAGAACUCUUUGCCCUGUAUAUUACAGGUUACAGACUCAACAUCAAUCGACUGGUGCUGGGCGUAGGUCCCUUCUCCGGGUCCGGUUCGGAUUGCCUCGACAAAGACGCCCUCUACUUUGCGCUGCGAAUCCUCGGCGACGGCUGCGUCGGGAGCCUGCCUGUCAGCUACGGCCCGCUGGCUGACACUUGCCAGCAGUUGCUGUGGGAAUCGCGGCGUGGUUACGAGUGUCUGGUGGCCAACCCCAGUGUUGAACAGACAGACGACAUCGACAAGCCCUGGCUCGCCACGCCCAGCAACUUAGUCAGGACGGUCCUGCGAAACCAUAUCUCCCGCAGCGGCGGUUUCACACGCACUUUCCUCAGCUACGACCUCUCUUCCAAAGUCAAAUUUGACCGGUUCAGCAAGCUACCCUACGACGUGCUGUGCAAGAUCACGCACUUUCUUGACGACAAGAGCCUCAUGUCGUUAUGCAGCGCCUCCUGGCAUGUCCAUUGCACCUUUCGUCACGAUUCCCGCCUCUGGCGCCAUCGCAUCAAGCGGGUGAGCAUGCCGUGGCUGCUUGAGGUGGUUCCGCUACUACAAGAUCAGGAACUCAUGAAGGGGGUGGACUUGAAAGGGUUGCUCUGCAGCCUGGACGAAUUGACCCGUCCCAGGGUGGGCAUGACGGGAAUUAUGAUGGGCGUGGCGAAUCGGAGGAGAAUAUGGGAUGUUUGCCGGAUUAUUGGGGAAGAAUAUACCAGAAUGGUGGCAGUGAGGAAGGCCAUGGGCUCAGAGGCGGUGAUGGAACAGCUGCUAAAGGCCUCCAGAGGGGAGAAAGUUGAUCUGGACCGGGUAUUCCGCGUGGCUACUGAGGAUCCAGCUCAUUCUGGGUAGGAGUGCUGGAUGCGGGCGCCACCCUUUCCUUUCCAUUCAAGGGACCAUACAUUAUGAAGGCUGGUUCCGCCUGUUGCUUUGUUCCCAUGGUACAAACUAGGAGUUAUGGUUCGGACAGUGAGCGGGUCCCGGCGAUCAAAGACGCAUGGAGUGACAUGGCAGGAGCAAACACUCAGAUCAGAGGAAUUGUAGGAUUAAAUAUGGUGACAUCUGACAGUUACUCAGACUUCCCCCGGUUCUAGCAGCCUCGACAUGCUGCAGCAAAUUUAUCUGAUGGCAUGGAUGCACUAAAAUAAACGGCCAGUUUCCGCGUCUUGUUCUCUCUACUUAGGGACCCUUUCUCCAUAAAAUCCGGUCCCAAACCCUACCCCAGACACGCUUGGUAUAAGAAUCUCCCAACUCCUACACGGUGCGCCUUGAU